UACUGAGUGAUAAGUUAUAUUUUUGUGCAAGCUUAGCAUUAAUAUUAUCAAGUUAAAUAAAAACUGUAGUUUCAACUUUACCGAGUUCUGUACUUAUGGGAAAUAUUGCAUGGUGAAAUUAUUGAAAGAAACAUGUCCGAUGUUACUCUGAAUCAGAAUACAGAUGGUCUUCCAAAUGGAUUAGAUGGGAAAGAUAUGGUGCAAGAAGGAUUCUCAUCCAGUUAUUUGCAAACCUCUCAGCAACCCAACUAUGGUCUACCUCCAAACGACCACUACAUUCAAAGCUAUUAUGGCCAAAUGGCAUUCCCAUCAUACAUGGGUGAAUGGUCGACUGCUGGAGAAUCUGUGCCGUAUUUAUCUGGAUACAAUAAUAUUGGAAAUGGUGAACCGCAGCAUAGUUUCAUGCCUGAUGCUAUGUUUGGUCAACAACCUAAUAGCAUAGGUAAUGGACAACCAUACUUCAAUGCUCCUAUGUUCCGACAUGGUAAUGAGUUUACGGCCUGGACAUCUCCGACGGCGCAUAGCACAGGCUUGGACACUGGUGUUGGACACCAACCAUCGCCAAAUGCUUAUAAUGGAGACUAUUACCAGCAAAUGAUGCCGACUAUGCCGCAGGAUUAUUUGGGAAGAAACGAGAUCAUGGGUAAUCCAAAUAACAUGGGGAACAUGCCUAGUCACAAUAAUCAAGGUGGAAUGAUGCCUGGUGGAAUGUCAAGUGGUGAUGCUGGAAAUAAGAUGCCUACUUCUCCUAAUUCGAUUAAUGUAAUAGAACAUGGAAUGCACAAUUUGAAUGUUCAUGGCAUGGGUGGUGAUGCAGAACCUGUGGUUGGUAAAAACGUCCAAGUUGGUAUUGGAGGUGGGGUCAAUCAAGUAGCAGACAGUCCUGCAAUGCAGAAUAGUUAUAAUAAUUCCCAGGGACAGGCAAAGAUGGCACCUGCUACCAACAAUCAGCAGGCACCUUCUGUUCCAAAGCCAAUUUCGUGGGCUGCCAUUGCUUCAAAACCGGCUAAACCCCAACCAAAGCCUAAACCCAAACCAACUGUUGGCUUGCCACCACCUAUUAAACAUAACAUGGACGUUGGUAAUUGGGACGCAAGUAAGGUACCCCCAAGAGUAGCUUCUAAUGCCCAUUUUGGUCAAGCUCCUAACAACUGGGCUGGUUCGAAAGCAUCUGGAUAUACUUAUGAAAAUGGUGGUGAUGAUUAUGAACCUGCGGAGUCAAAUAAUUCUGAGAAAGAAGCUCAAGAUUUGAAAAAUAAUUCUCCAACUUCAGCAGUGGCUCACCCUGUUCUUGACAAGCUUAAACUCCAGAAUGAGUAUAAUCCGAAGCGACUUACUAUGGACCUUCGCAAUGCUCGUUUCUUUGUGAUUAAGUCUUACUCUGAAGAUGACAUUCAUCGCUCAAUCAAGUAUAAUAUUUGGUGUUCGACAGAGCAUGGAAACAAAAGGUUGGACACUUGUUUUCGAGCGCAGAAAAAUCGCGGUCCUGUCAUCCUUCUCUAUUCUGUCAAUGGAUCUGGACAUUUCUGUGGCGUGGCAGAGAUGAAAACCUGUGUGGACUAUAGUAGUCGUGCCGGUGUUUGGUCGCAAGAUAAAUGGAAGGGCAAAUUUCAAGUGAAAUGGAUCUAUGUUAAGGAUGUGCCCAACACUGUAUUGCGCCAUAUUCGACUUGAAAAUAAUGAUAAUAAGCCGGUUACUAACUCCCGUGACACACAGGAAGUUCCUGCUGAAAAAGGACGUCAGGUUCUGAAAAUUAUUGCUAACUAUAAGCACCAAACAAGCAUCUUCGAUGAUUUUGGACACUAUGAACGUCGACAACAAGAAGAAGAAACACAGAAAAAUAGAGCAGCUCAAGCAGCGAGCCGGAAAUCUGGAGACAGUCAGCAAGGCUACGUUCCUAAGACUACUACUGCAUAAAGGUUUUAGGUUGAAAUAUAAUUCCAUCAUCGCCCAAUCUUGUUUAUCGAUGUAUGUUGUAUUUAUGCUCAUUUUUUUCCAAAUUUUAAUCGUAAUCGUGCUCAUGAUUUCAAAUCAUUGUAGGUUUGGACUAACAAUUACCAACGAUAUUACGCUAUUUUUUGCGAUCAUAUCUGUUCAAUUUUAUUAAUCACUUCACUUGAAAUGCUUUUAAAUUAUGUCAUUUCCGAUGUCUAAAGUUUGGUUAAAAUUUUUGUCGACUUGGACAACUGAAAUGUAAUAGCCCAUUUAGUUGUUGAAAUGCUAGCAGUGUAUGUAUUGGAAAUUCCAAGAUUGUAUAUAAUAUAUAAAUAAGAAGUCGACAAUAUGCUAUUUUGUUUGGGUGUGAAUUCUUCAUCAACUGAACUAGAUCUAUCGAAAAUACUGAAGUUUUGUAAUAAAACUUUAGUAUGAUUUGGUUAUGCAUUCUGAAACUAAUCUGAAAAUUUCAAUGUUUAGUUUCAGGAUAUGGCUAACACCUAAAUAAGGAUUGGUUCUUUCUCGAUGGAUUUGUUAAUAUACUUAUUUGGGCUUUUCUCUGUAGACUGUAAAUAUUCUGCACGGCUUAGGAUUUUCUUGCCUCUGUAGAAGUGUAAUAUCAGUGCGAUAUGUCAUAUCCUUAAUAAAGACGCGCAUUGACUACUGGUAUAUGACAUUUACUCUGUAAAAGCAUGUGGAAUUAGACAUUUGCCAGUAGUCUGUUUGGGUGUCUGUCACAAUUUUGUAGUUCUCGUAGUUUUUGUUUUGUAACUUAUUCAGUUUCUGACCCCAAUUUGUUAUCCCCAAGCAUAUACAAGACUCUUGUGAACACAGAAAUAAUAGAUCACUUGAUAUGCAGCAAAAUCCUGGCAUAUAAAAUUACUGUUUGUAGUGGGACCCAUUAUACUGACAAAACAUUAAUUCCAUUUGAUUGGAUUUCAAAAAUAAUAUUGAUCAUAAUCUUAUAUCCUAACUUUUGAGAGUUUUGAGCAAGAGCUUUGAAUUAAAAAUAACCAUUCACAGGCCAGCAUACAUCACAGAUAUCACAUUCACCCACAUAUUUGAUUCAGGUUUUUGUUUAAUUCAUGAUAGGUUUCAGAAUAUACAAAAUGCUGUAAAAUUCGUGUCUAUCCCCAAAUUUGGGUCACUAUUCUAAAUUUCUUUGAUUCAGUUGUCUGUAUUUCGUAAUCCCAAUUUGCAGAAAAUCAUGAUUUGAUAUGUGAAGAAAAGUUCAAGUUUUUUUACAUAAAAAUUUUUUUUUUUCUGUACAACAACUUCAUUUUAAAUCAUUGUUUACAAAAAUGAUAAAUGUGGAACCCUGUUAAAACUUUAUUCAUGUGUCACGCCUAAUUUUAAUAAUAUAUACCAUAUUAAUGUCUGAUGAUGGAUCGCAUGUAUAUUUGCUUAAUCGUUUUCAGUUAAUUUAAAGUUGAAUCACAUUUGUUCUUUCAGAAAUAUUUCAUUGUAAUCUGUGUCAUUUUCCAAACGAUGUCAUUGCGAUUGUAUCUUUGUGUACUGCACUGCAUUUCAAUAUGAUUUGUUGACUUAAUUUACGACAUAUACGUAAUUGCAAAUAGACUCGUCGGCUCUGUCUACCGUUAUUUU